AUGUUGUACUACUGCUACAGGCAACGGCCAAGGCUAACCAUCGCGUACGCACGUGUCGCUUUCGUGCCGAAGGUCAAGAUUGUGCACAGCCCCGAGCCCGUUCCGAGAGGUCGGGCGUCGAAGCUUCUCCCCGUGCCCCAGGACAGUAAUUUGUCUGAUGAUAACAAUGAUGAGGAAAACGACUCGUGGGACGAGGCAUCGGCCAAUGGACAUGCGUGGUGGGAUUCUGGCUCGGAAGACGAGGAGUAUGAGAUUAUGUCAGCUAUGUCGCCCAAUCUUCAGGCGGUUCUGGGCCUACGCAGGCCAUCAGGAAUAGACCCCCCGAACGAAGAACAGGGCGACAACAAGAACGAAUGGCAACCCCCAUCGUUCGCCGGCCUCAAUAACAGCACGCGCGUCAAGGUGCUAAGGCCGCUUGUUGUUGGCCACGGCAAGAUGCUUGAAGUGGAGUGCAGGAACAGAGGGCGGCAGGAGGAAGAGGAAGGGGAAGACGGGGAUGUGGACGAUGACUCGCCGGAAGGGGAGGGGUGGGACUACCAAGUUAUGUCAAAAGACGACUACGAUUCGUACGUGCGUGAGUGGAACACCAACGUGUCUCCGAACCUCGCGAGGGCUCUGGGAUGCCCAAGCUCCAUGGAACAAAAAGCGAAGGCGCUGUCGAAACAAUUAUCUUGGGAAGCUCCGGCGUCGUUUGGUCUGAGGAAUAGUGGUUACAUCAAGGGCGUCGGUCGAACUAAUAGCAGCGUGCCCACCGACGAUACCACCGCUGAGGCCUCUCGACGACCAGCCUCUUCCUUGAAAAGAAGUCUGGUACUGAGGUGGCGAAAAGCAGUGGAUGCUUCGUGCUUUGGCAUAGGAGAACACGAGCAAAGUGCGUAACGUUGUCGAGGGUAGUAUUCGAUACAACGUAUUCUCAACGCUUUGAGAUCCGGAGAUAUAAAGUUGUGCGCAUCACGACACGCUUGGAUGUGUACACUCAUCAGUGGCGAUCGAUGUGUUGUCACCACGGUACCGUGCGGAAGUAUCUUGGAACGAGUCGUGGUUUCGGCGAAGUAAGAAUACCAGGACUCGUGGGAAGUGUACAGGGUAGAUACUGCAAGCUUCUUUGCGGCAUGACAUUGCCAGCU